AUGCCUCUAUCGCCCAUCAAGCUGCUCACCGCCAAGCUCAAGAGCCCGACCACAUCAUCGCACUCGAAAGGCUCCAGCAGCAGCCACCGCUCGUCCGACCGGCGCUCGCGAUCCUACGACCCGGCCAGGCGGCCCUCCCGAGACGACAGAGAAGAGCACACAUCCUCGUCGAGGAGGCGGGCGAGCUACGCACGACCCCGCAGCCCCGAUCCCUACCCCCCCUCGUCACGGCCCUCGCGGCACGAGCGUCACAGCCGGCGUCGGGACUCGUCCGAGUCGAGCCCAGAGCCACGGUACUCGCGGCCGCCGCCCCGCGAUCGAGAUGAAUACCUGAGCGCCGAGCGGUGGGAGGACGAUCGGGGUCGGCGCCGCGCCUCGCUGGCUCCCCCGGAGAGGGAUGAACGACCGCCGCUGAGUGGCCGUCCGUCCAGUGUCGACUACAGGCGGCGACCGUCCCAGUCAAGACGCGAUUCGACUUCUGGAGGGUACGCGUACGAAGCCAGAGACGACCCUAGGCUCUAUGAGCGCAGGCCGUCAGUACAGGGGAGAUAUCGGUCAGAUAGGGAAAGAUACAGCAAUGUGGACUCACCUCCGGUGUCUCCUGGGCGUAGAGAGAGUCUGAGGUCGCCACGGAUACCUAGAGACGACACGCCUCCGCGUUCGAGCAGGCCGCAUGCCUCGCCUCGGCCGUCAGACUACAGACCCUACGAAUAUAGGCCGCACGACCAGAGAAACGACUCAAGGCACGAGUCAAGGCACGAGUCAAGGCCACACGAAGUCCCGGCGAGACCGCACUCGCAGAGCGUCGACAGCGCGGCGAAGCCAGCAUCGUCGUCAGGCUCCAACCUGUUCGCUUCCAUGCCGGCUGCCAUUGCUGCUUACGCUGGUCUCAAGGAGGUCUCUAAGCACGCCGAGACGGCCAAGGAGUGGGUUGACUGGCUCAACGAGAUGAGCGAGACGCCCGACGAGAUCCAGGAGCUGUCUGCACAGGCCGCCACCGCGAGGGACACCAUCAACCAGGUUCAGCUGACACUCAAGGCUCGGCCGGACCUCGUUGAGGGCGAACAGGGAGAGAAGCUCAAGGGACAGAUCGAAACGUCUAUUAAGAGUACAGACAAGGCUUUGGAAAAGAUGACGAAGCUGCUGUCGGAAAUCAGCAGCGAGGGCACAUCGGCUUCAGGCCAGACGGCAAUCAACCAGAUGCAGAGCUUCUGGAGGUCGUAUCGGUACAAGAACGACUUUGAACAGCAGGUCAAGAAGGCCCAAGAGGACGUGCAAAAGGAGUUGUCAGCGCUCAGCACUCUGAUGGUCAACAUCUACUCACGAGCACUGAUGAAGCCGCCUCCUCCUGGGGCCAGCCCGAUACCCCCUCCAGCUCCCACGCCAGCUGCUCCCAGCCCAGAACCUUCUGCCAAGGCCAGCGCAGCUCCCGUUGCCCAAUCUCCUGCUGCAGCCACCCCGGCUCCGGCUGUCACGACAGCUGCUACCACGGCUGCCCAGCCUGCACCAGCUCCUCCAUCCGCCCCUACGCCCGUUAAUACGGCACAACCUUCUGCCGUGCCAGCCGCUGGGGUGAGACCAAGCGUAGAUACCAACGCACCUUCCGUGCCCAAGAUAUCCGAGCCAGUGCCAGCAUCACCACAAGUAUCACAGCCAGUGCCAGCUGGCAGUAGGACUGAGACCUCAGCCAAUGCAGCUUCCCAUCCGCCCCAGUCUCCUCUGUCUGGAGUAAAUGAAAAACCUGUUUCCGCUGCAUCUCCGACGCAGCAGGCACCCGCGGGUACGCCCUCACCUACCACCCAACCACCAGUCUCGUCCCCCUUGGCCAAGGCAGACACGGCAACUGCUGCCGCUCAGGUUUCAUCAUCGGCCGAUCCCCGACGACCAUCACAGUCACAAAGCCCACGGCAGCCUUCCCAAAGCCCUCAUCCGCAGCAGUCACCGUCGCACCGUGACAGCGUCCACUCCAUCCACUCGAAUCACUCCGCCCAUGACGCGGACGAUAGGCUGCUGGAUGCCGCCUGGGACGGAGAUUUCGACGCCACGGUGCAGGCUCUGCGUCACGCCUCCCCACGCACCUGCGACGAGCAAGGCCUGACCGCGCUGCAUCUAGCCGCCGACCGUGACAACUUGGCAGUCGCCAUGCUGCUGCUCGACCGUGGUGCGGACGUGAACGCGCGGUCAAACGGCGGACGGACACCGCUGCAUCUCGCAGCGCGGUCGGCCACAGCGUCCACGGUCGAGAUGCUGCUGGAGAGGGGUCGGGCAGACCCCAACCUGCAGACGGCCAAGGGUCGCACGCCGCUGCACUACGCGGCCAGCAAGGCAGAGGAUGGCGACGAGGAGAGGAGGGAGGUCCUCAGGGUGCUACGACACUGGAACGCGGACCCAACGAUCAAGGAUGCGGAGGGUGCUACGGCGAGGGACGUCGCAGAAAAGAGGAACCAUACCAAUGCUGUGGCCAUACUGCGAAGGGCCGAGCGGAGGUGGGAGGAGGACCACAUGCCCGAGUGGGAAGAGAAGCACAGGCCUGGGUGGCGGGAGCGACACGGCUUCAAGAAAUGA